GGCCGGGCCCGGCGGCAGCAGCGGCGGACACCCAUCCUUCCCCGCCUGCCUCGGGUGGCCCCGGGCCGCGGCCCGCACCGGCUACUGCAAUUUAAACUUGUGUGGGAAAGCAGGGAGGUGGCUCCCUGUGGUUCCUCCCAGGACUAGCGAGCUAACCUCACGCUCGUACUUGUCGGCAAUGGUGCUGUUUCUCCUUUAAAGAAUUUUUGGCUAAGCAGCUGUUUGGGGUGGAGUUACUGCAACAGAGGCUUUCAGUUUCGGUUUUUUUUCCCCUUCUCUGCUCUUAGAAGAAAGGAUACCCAGCAGAAUAAAAAGAAAAAUGACAGAAGAGACCAGGUUCUGCAAAAAUUGUAAACGAGAUGUGUCUGCUGCCAAUUUCUCCCUCCAUGAGGCCCACUGCUUGCGGUUUCUCACUCUCUGUCCAGAAUGUGAUGAACCGGUUGCCCAAAAGGAUAUGAAAGACCAUCAAGCAGGAGCACACAAGCAGGUCAGAUGUAAUCUUUGUCACCAAAGCAUGCAGCAAUACCAGCUGGAGCAUCAUGAGACCAAGGAGUGCCUCAAAAAAGCAAUGAAAUGCAAGAUCUGUGAGCUUGAAAUGCCCUUCGACAAGCUGCAGGAACACCUGAACACCUGUGCCAGCCGAACAGAGUGGUGUUGGGGGUGUAACAAAUACAUCAUGUACAAAGACCAGAACAAACACAGAGACAUUUGUCAGAACAGUGGUCUGUCCCAUCAUAAGGAUGUGAACUUUCAAGCCAGCGAAGCACACACUAAUGCGACAUUUCUUUACCCCACUGGUACUGGUGGCAAUCUUUGUCAGAAGUGCAAUAAGUCAUUUGCAGAUGACCAGUACUCCCAACAUCUGAAUAAGUGCAGUGCAGCUCAUAAGCUGACAAAGGUUCUUGCUGGCCAGUCAGCUUCAGAACUCAGCAGUGAUCCACAAGAGUCUUCUUCCUCCCUGGCUCCCUCUUCCCGCUCCAAGAAUGCAAUGAUGUGGAAAGAUGUCCGUCCCAAAGAGAAAGAAAGGGACCAGCCAUUGACCUCCAAAACCUUGCUUAAACCUCCAAAGAACAAAAAGAUUGGCUUUCCCUCUCCCACAAGAGGCGGACUUCCCACAUCACCUCAGUGUUUCGACAUGCUGGUGACCUGUGCCCAUUGCAACAUCCUUCUGCCGCUUCCAACCCUUCAGAAACAUGAGAUCAAAUGUCUACGCUUGACAUCUUUGAAAAAUGCUAGCAUGAAACAAAAAUCAAGCCAUGGAGAAAAAGAAGACUUUCUACAGCCCUCAUGAAUAAAUCUGGAAAUAAAGGCACAUCUUCAGAUUGAAGCUUCAGCUCAGCUUUAGCAAAAGGCUAAAAUAGCUUUAUUGACAAAUAAAAGUGACUUGCUACGCUGGAUCAAGAAUGAAGAGUGACCUGAUUUUUAUUACUUAUCAAGAAAGGCAUUUAAAACGUUUCACCAGAAAACUGUAAAAGUGGUGUAGGCCCAACAGCUGUUGUCAUUUCAAGUGUUUCUCUGUAAGCUUGGCUUAGGAAUGUACUUCUUCUGCCCACUUCAGCAGGGAGAGCAACUUAUUUAAAAAUGUUUGUUCUAGGGGAGAGGGGGAAAUAAGGAAUUCAGAAGUCCAUGUCUUGGUGAGCGCCGCCAAUUCCCCUUGCCCUUACUGAGAGCUGAGACCUUAGUGUUUUUCAGGGCAUGACCCAGUGAAAUUAAAAAAUAUUCAGUCCUGCUCUCCUUCACAUCAGUGAACCACUGAACCUAGCUAGCACAAACAGCUUAGUCUCGGGAGAUUGCAGACACAUCCAAGGAUAACUGAGGGGAUUCAUCUUCUGAUAGACAAAUGGAAACUGGUAAGAGUCCAAUGGUGGGGAAGUUAAACAUCAGGGGUCAGUGGAUACCUUAUGCUAACAUCCAUGAACAUUUGUGAAGCAGCCUUUGCUGCUUGGCAUCUUGCAGCUGUAAACAGUAUAAAACGUGUUAACAGAAUGGUUUUACUACAAGGUACUGUUUUCCUCUCAUCCACCUUUAGCAGUGUUCAAUCUUACAAGCUAAUGGCUGGAACUGAUGUACAUGUGCUGACCUGCAAUUUGGAAAACAUCUUCUCAGAUCCAAACUUGUUGAUAUCUGCAUCAUUUAUGCACAAGCACACAUGGGAUGCAGUCAGGCAAGUUCAUAAACUCUUCCAGUGAUUCAGCGGGGGGCCAGGCUCAUUUAUGCAUAUCUUAGGCAUGUCUAUAUGGGCCAGACUGAGCUGAAAUGCACCAAUGGGCAUUCCAAGAAUAGUACUUCCAACCUUGUGAAAUAGUACUUGCCAGCAUUGUGAGCAGGACAGCAGCUGGUCAGGUGGCCUGGCAAGCGUUUGCAGCUUCUGAGGCUCCCUUAACCUCUGCAGCACAGAGACUAACAAUCAACAGCUUUUCUUACAUGCAUUCAGGCCUCAUUAGUCGGAAUCUGCAAUGCUGCAACUCAAAGGGCAAGAGCGUGUGACUUCACUCCCUGUCUGUCCUGGGUGUUUUGCUGAUCGGUGCCUGUGAACUGCAUGAGAGCUUGCAGGAGUACUCUGACCACGUUUUAAGAAGGGUUUUUCAAACAUGGUCUGAGACGGUGCUCUCAGUGAGGUUUAUUCUAAGCUUUUAAGAAAUUGUUCUGAACUUCUGGUAAGCAAGUCUAACAUUGAAUGUGGUGCUAUGAAACGCAGUUUUCUAUAUUUGGAGGCAGAGGAAAGGUCUGUGAAAGCAUGUUCCUUAAAGGCCUAUAACUCUAUGCAUAAAUUUAUCCAUUUUUA